GGGGCACUGAGGGUCCCCACUGGGGCCAGGACCCUUGCACAGGGUGCACAGUCUUGCUGGACCCCGAAGCCUGAUAAGCAUGAAGCUCCUAUCGUUGGUGGCAGUGAUCGGGUAUUUGCUGGUACCCCCAGCUCAAGCCAACAAGAGUUCUGAAGAUAUACGGUGCAAAUGCAUCUGUCCACCAUAUAGAAACAUCAGCGGACAUAUUUACAACCAGAAUGUGUCACAGAAGGACUGUAACUGUCUGCAUGUGGUGGAGCCCAUGCCGGUGCCCGGCCACGAUGUGGAGGCCUACUGCCUGCUGUGCGAGUGCAAGUACGAGGAGCGUAGCACCACCACCAUCAAGGUCAUCAUUGUCAUCUACCUGUCGGUGGUCGGGGCCCUCUUGCUCUACAUGGCCUUCCUGAUGCUGGUGGACCCUCUGAUUCGAAAGCCGGAUGCCUACACCGAACAGCUGCACAACGAGGAAGAGAAUGAGGAUGCCCGAUCUAUGGCCGCUGCUGCCUCCCUUGGGGGCCCCCGAGCAAACACGGUGCUGGAGCGCGUGGAAGGCGCUCAGCAGCGAUGGAAGCUGCAGGUGCAGGAGCAGCGGAAGACAGUCUUCGAUCGGCACAAGAUGCUCAGCUAGAUGGGCCGCGCAGUCCAAUCGGGACCAGCAGCCACGGCUGCCCGCUUCUGGGGCUGGACGGAGCCGGGACCACAUCUCCCCCCACCCCAGUGCCACUCUUCCUGGUCUUCCCACUCCAAGCCCAUGGCAUCUGUUCCCUCUCCCUCUCUUCAGAGCUGCCGUGCUCAGCUGGUUUCAUCUGGGAAGAGUGCUGGGGGCCUUGAUCUCUAGCUUGCCCACCCAGGUCUUUGGGGCUGAGGGGAGGGGGAUGUUUCAGGUGACCUCAGGAGAGGAACCGGUCUGUCUCUCCUUGCUCCACCCUCGCCGCCCUUCCUGCUGCAAACUCUAGGGAUGCUCUUAGCCUUUGGCAGAUGAAGCUGGGUCACCGGGACGUGGGGUGUGGGAGGAAAGCCAGGCCCAGCUCUCAGCACCUGCUCCUUUCUACUGCUCCUGCCCUGAUACCUUGGCCUCAGGAAGGCUCUGUGGGAGGGCGGAGGCCCAGAGCCACACCCUGGUCUUCAGGACAAAUCUGUCACUUGUCCCACAGAUUCCACCCUCCCUCUUCCCACCUCGGUGGCAGCCUGGCCCCUCACUCCAACUUCCGAGACCAGCUGGUCCCCUCACUUCCCGAGUCUGCGGUUACUGAGCCAGACGGUCGGUGGGACAGGCGACUAAGGGUGAGCCAAGGCCCUGAGUGCUGGUGCUCCUGCUCUUGGCGCACCCCCGUCCCUGAAUUUCAUUGUCCCCCUGCAUGGAGAGAAAGACUUGUCCUUACAUUGUCUGUAAAUCAAGGAAGCCAUCAUUAAACUGUCUUAGUUCCUCAUUUUUUAGAUCUUCAGAGAUAGAGAAUGAAAAGGUUCCACAAGUCAUCUGGAGAGGGCUGUGUCCCAGAGGGGACA